AUGAAAAAUUUAUUCAUCCUUGUGGUUUUCUUUAGCUCUCUUAUGCUUACUGUUAUCUGUUAACCAGGGAAUCCUGUUUAUUGUUCUUUGGAUGGAACUUGUAAAGCAUGUGGAUAUACUAGUUAAAUCUCAAAUUUGUUCUCAUUGAAGAGUGGUUAUUAGUGCUUUAUUGCUGAUUGCUCAAAAAUCGGAACUAAUAAAAAUGGUUUUGUUUGUGGUUCUUGCACUUAAUAUACAUUUUACGAUGGCACUGAUUGUAUUUAGAACUGCCCUUAAGGUUAAUAUGCAAAUAGAUAUACAUAAAAUAAUUGUUAAACAGCAAAUCUUGGAAGACUUGUUAAAUGUAGUGAUUAGGCUGCAGAUUGUUCAGGGUGUGCAAAUAACUUAGAUGCCAUUUCUUAAUUUAAAUUUGAUUCUUAAACAUAGUAAUGUAUGAUUAAUGACUGCUCUGCUAAUGUAUUAUAUCUUUUUUUGAAUGGAUUCGUUUGUAAUUCUUGUUAUUAAGCUAAAGGAAAUGGUAAUGUUCCUUCAGGUUAAUAUUACGAUCCUAAUGCUUAAACUUGUGUAGAUACUUGUCCUCAAGGUAAAUAUGCGAAUUAAUUAACUAAAUUUAUUUGCGUAAAUUAACCUAAUCCAGGAACUGGAGUUUCAUGCUCUAAAAACUCUAAAGAUUGUACUGGAUGCUAGUUUGCAAACCUAUUUGCUUAUGGAUCUGGAAAUACUUGCUCAGUUAUUGACUGUAAGUAAAGUACUAUUAAUCUUAACCUUAAUGGCUGGGUUUGUAAUUCUUGUUCCCUUGCUCCUGGAAUAGGUAAUAUCCCUUAAGGUUAAUACUAUGACUCUAGAAGUAAAACAUGUGUAAAUACUUGUCCUAAUAAUGGAGUAGCAAGUGCUGAUACUAAUUUUAUUUGCGUAACAAAUCCUGCUCCUGUUCCAUGUUCAAAUGAUUCUUCUACAUGCAAUGGAUGUGGAAAUGAUAAUUCCAUUUAAUAAUUGUUCUAAUAUGUAAGUGGAAAUAAUUGUAAUGUUAUAAAUUGUUCAGCUCCUGCACUUAAUUCUACACUUAGUUCUUCUUAAAACUCGAAUUUUGCUGGAUGGAUUUGUAGAUCUUGUGGUGUUGUUACUGGAGCUAACUAUCCUGUACUUGAUGGAUAAUAUUUCUUAGAUACUAAAGUUGGAUGUGUCAGUAAAUGUCCUGAUGGAUAUAUAGCAAAUUUAGCAACUGGAUAUAAUUGCUAACAAACUAAUCCAGGUUAAGAUGUUGCAUGCUCUAACGAUUCUUAAACUUGUAAUGGAUGUGGAUUAACAAGUGAUAUCUAAAAUUUAUUCAGUAAAUCAAAAGGUAGCUCAUGUUCUGCUAUUGACUGCCAUUCGAAAAUAAUUGGUUCUAAUUUGAAUGGUUGGAUCUGUAAUUCUUGUUAAAAUGCUUCUGGAAGUGGAAAUAUAGCUAAAGGUUAGUAUUUUGAUGGUAAAACUUGUGUGUCAAGCUGUCCUACUGGUUAGCAAGCAAAUUAAGCAAAUGGAUUUACUUGCUAAUACCCUCCUAGCCCUGGUAGUGAUGUAACCUGCUCUACUGAUUCUUCAACUUGCGGAGGAUGUGGAUCUACAAAUGCCAUAUAAAACCUGUUUACUCGUGGAAAAGGAAUCAAUUGCUCUGUUACAGAUUGUAAUUUGUCUAUAGUUGGCAAUAAUCUGAAUGGCUGGGUCUGCAAUUCUUGUAGCUCAGCAUCUGGAAAUUACAAUAUUCCUAAAGGAUAAUUCUAUGAUGGAAAAACUUGCGUACCAAACUGUCCUAAUGGUUAAUAAGCCAGUGCAAGUACUGGAUUUGUUUGUAGAGGUCAAGGUACAGACGUUGCAUGCUCUAGUGAUUCCUCAACUUGUGGAGGAUGUGGAUCAACAACUGCCAUUUAAGGCCUCUUCACUCAUAGUAAGGGUAAUAAUUGUUCAGUUACUGAUUGCUCAACAGCUGGAGUUGGAUCUAAUCUGAAUGGUUGGGUUUGUAAUUCUUGUAGUUAAGCUACUGGUAGUGGUAAUAUAGCCUCAGGAAAAUAUUACAACGGUUCAACAUGCGUAUCGGAGUGUCCAAGUGGCUAAUCAGCAAGCGUAGCUACUGGAUACGUAUGUAAAGUAGCAUCUACUCCUGCUGCAGGAAAUAAUGCCUCAUACUCAAAUCUAAUUGGUUAUGUUUUAGUUUUUGCUAUUUUAAAUUUCUUCUUCUGA